UUUCACAACAGACGUUUGGUUUGACAUUGUCAACUCAGUUGAGGCGUUUUUUGAAGAAUUUUUUAAAUUAUUUAUUGGCUACAAGAACUACUUAUAAUUUCAAAGAACAUGGGUGGUUCACAGUCUAUAGAGAAACCUCAGCAAGCCACUUCAGUUAACAACUUACAAGCCCACAACACAAACCAGAAUUAUCCUAGUGAGUGUCCAAUGCAUCAACAAACACAGCCACCUCAAAAGAGUUACCCAAGUGAAUGUCCGAUGCAUCAGAAAACUCAACAGUCUUAUCCCAGUGGAUGUCCAAUGCACCAGGGAUCAAGCAUCACAAACAGUGAAGAAAUAGACCCAAGGAAUAUGAUGCCUCCCCCAAACCAAAGACCCUCCCCUGAUCAACCUUUCCCUCUGUCUACAGACAGAGUGGUGUCCAAUAUCCCCAAAGCUGACAGUGAUGAGAAUUGGGUAUACCCAUCCCCACAGAUGUUCUGGAAUGCAAUGCUUAGAAAAGGCUGGCGCUGGAAGGAGGGUGACAUUAGUGAUAAAGACAUGAACAAUAUCAUCAAUAUCCACAACGCUAACAAUGAACAGGCUUGGAAAGAAGUCCUCAAGUGGGAGGCACUACAUGCCAGGGAAUGUUCAGAGCCCAGAUUAAAGCGAUUUGGAGGAAAAGCUAAAGACUAUUCUCCUAGAGCCAAAAUACGACAUUGGCUUGGGUAUUCUCUCCCCUUUGACCGCCAUGACUGGAUUGUAGACCGCUGUGGACGUGAGGUACGUUAUAUUAUUGAUUACUAUGAUGCCGGAGAAGUGGACAAGUCUACUUACGAAUUCACAGCAAUGGAUGUACGACCUGCCUUUGACUCAUUUACGGCAGUUAAAGAUCGCUCAAAGGUUGCGAUGAUGAGAUGGAGCUUAGAACUAAAGGACAAACUCUCAUUUGGUUCUAAAUCCAGUGAUGCAGAACCAACCAAAACGUGACAGAAAAUAGUUCUGGUCCAUUACACAUUGUUUGUAUCAUUACACAAAGUUCUGUGUGCAAAGCUAAUGUGCUAUAGAAGUCAGCAUGGUGCGAGUUUUACACACAAGGAAGAUCUAAUAGCGAUUUAUUCCGUGUCAGAUGUAAGAGUCUCGUUUUUCCAAACAUUCUGAGCAUGAUAGAGAAGGUGUACCGAUUUUUAUUUUGUUCAUCAUUUAAAAUUUGACAUAAGAUGCCAGCACUUCUGGUGAACUUAGAGGUUAACAACAAACUCUGACAAUGUUUUGGAAUGUUUGAUUUGCAUAUUUUCUUGUGUUAUCAGUUUACUAUUAUGAAUUAUCAUAGGAUUUACUGGAAGGCUAAACCUUCUUUCUAUGUAUCAAUACCCUUUAAGAGGUCCAUUGCAUUGUAAAUAUAUUUUCAAAAAUAUCUGUAUAAAAUCAUUUACAUAUAUAAAUAAAAAAAAACUAAGUAAAUUGUAUUUCAAA